CCAGACGACCUGGAAAUGGAGAGCAGUGGAUUGGAAUGUGACACAGUGACACGCCCUACAGAGCUGCUUAUCACCUGCACCAAUGUAGAUACUCCAGCAGAGGAAACAGAACUGGAAGCUGAGGACAGUGCCCACCAACAUAUAUCAGCACUUGCUGAACAGUACCACCUUGUAGAUCAAAAUGGGCAUGCCAUUCACUAUGAGAUCCAGGCACUCCCUGGCAAUAGCCCUCAAAUGAUGAUCUUGGCCAGUGAAUCAGAAACUGGACAGGUAUUCCAUGUGAUUCCUUCUAGCCAAUCAGGAACAGCCCAACUGAUCAUUCCUCAGGAUGAUGAGUCUGCAGAACAUGGCCAGGCCAGUGAUGAAAUGCAAACUGAAACAAGCAGCUUUAUUAUCCACUCCAACACUUCACUUACUGUGCGUAAUAAGUCACCCACCAGAUGGACUGUUGAAUCCUUUCAGAAACCUCUUCAACCUCUUCCUCCUAACAUUCCUGUUUGGGCCCGUCGUCUCAGGAGCUGUGAGAAAAUUGGAGACUCUUACCGUGGUUACUGUUUGAGCGAGGCUGAGCUCAUGAACAUUUUAGGCCUUCAUAAGCAGCAAACAAUGAGUGUUUGGGGAACACGCCAAUCACCAAGCCCAGCUAAACCUGCCACUCGCUUAAUGUGGAAAUCACAAUAUGUUCCUUAUGAUGGAAUCCCUUUUGUAAAUGCAGGAAGCAGAGCAAUUGUGAUGGAAUGUCAGUAUGGGCCAAGAAGGAAAGGUGCACAGCCCAAGAAAAGUGGAGAGGGAGACAAUGCAUCUGGGCAAUCAUACAAAGCAACAUGUCCUGCAAGGAUAUACAUAAAAAAAGGUGAAGAAGAAAUUUCCAAAAUACAGAGUCCCUACCGAUCCAAAGAUUGAUAAAAAACUGAUUAAGAUGGAGCAAGAAAAAGCUUUUAACUUACUAAAAAAGGAUUUAGAUAGCACAGAGGGCAUUUUAAGGUGGUAUGUUCAGUUACCUGACCAGGAAGCACAUCAGUAUCACAGUCUAGAUGCAGGCUGUUUCUCACCAUCACCUACCCCAUUCCAACCAUCUAAUGAGGAAGAAGAGGAAGUGGUGUGUGAUGAAAAUAGUCUUCAACCUUCUCGACUGCACCCUUGCGUGGCAGAAAAAAUACGGGAGCUUGUGUCCAAAGGAAUUGAGGAGGUUUAUGCUGUGAGGAAACAGUUAAGAAAAUAUGUGGAGCGAGAGCUUUUUAAACCUGAUGAAAUUCCUGAACGGCAUAACCUGUCUUACUUCCCAACUGUGAAUGAUCUAAAGAACCACAUCCAUGAGGCACAGAAAGCCCUGGGGAAUGGAGACCUCAUCUAUGAUCAGGAGACUGUCUCAGGAUCAGUGAGAGAGCUGCAGUGGAACUCUGAUAAUGGCAGCGUUCUCAAUGAAAUGGUUACAGUUACAUUUGAAGCGGCUUCUCAAGAAGAGCAAGAACUGGAGAAUCCAACCAAUGAAGACAUCUGUCAAGAUACAGCUCAGCUGAUCUCCUCACUUACAUCUCUUCAACCCAAAAUAUUUGCACAGCUACAGGGACUUCAGCUACAGCCUUCUUUCACAUCCCCUGAUGGAACUACUGCCCUCAUUGCCGUGAAUCAGUCUUCUUCCACUUUCACCUCUCCUGAUGAAACAACAGCUCUAAUUACAGUGAACCCAGAAACACCAUCAUUCACAUCAUCUGAUGCAGCAACAGCCCUGAUCACUGUGAAUCACCAAGCUCCAUCAUUUACAUCUUCUGAUGGGACAACAGCACUUAUUACAUUGAAUCACCAGCCCCAGACAUUCACAUCUGCUGAUGGAACUACUUCCCUUAUUACAGUAAGCCCGCCAGCUCUCUUGAAUGCUGGAGCAAGCAGUCAGCCACUUGUGCUAAGUCACUUACCACAGUCAACCUUGUGACUCCUCUGUGUCUUCUGUCACUACUUUGCCUACAUCUGGUCACAACAUAGUGAGUAUGGGACAGCUAGUGACUGUAGAGGAUGCUUCUGGCAUAUCAGGAGAAGUGCACCAGAUCCUGCUGGGGGAGCUACACCCAAUUCCUAUCAGGAUUAUAGACAACCAGCCAACAAUUGUUGAAGUCAGUCCAGUUGAUGCAUUUUGUACUGAGCAAAUUGAAGCAAAGGAACAGCAACCUGAAACACAAUCACAUGAAGAUAUAGCUGAAACCAUGGACUGUCAGGACUCCGCUUGA